AUGAACCCAAGGCUUCUGCAUUCCUCAAAGGGAAUCGCCUUGGAUCCCAACGGUAUAUCGGUGCCUAGUUACCAACCGUAUCUCUAUCAGAACAGUGGCGGUGGAGCCGACUACGGCCAGCCUGUCAGCCCAGCUCAUAGUCCUACUCAUAUGAUGUCUCCCUCACAGCCUAUUCCGACGCAUGGAGGCUUGCUAACGGCAUACCGAAAUCCCCAACCGAUUCUCAGACCCAGUCCGAUCAGUUCACCUACCCUGGUUGUACCAGGUCAUAUGAAUUAUCGGAGCAACAGUCCAGGCGAUGGUACGAAUUGUGCGAGUAGUGCCCCACCCAGCCCCGUAUCACAAAGUCUCUCACCGGCCAGUUCGCCUGGUCUGGCUGCAUCACCCGCUUCUCCAUUUGCUGACCAAAUAAGCAGCAUGAACUGUCAAAACCAGAUGGGAUCAGGUAGCGGUGGUAAUCUUAACCAGAUGUCGUUUUAUCCCAAUCAAUCGAAUGUGCUCAACCAAUUCGAGCAAUUCAAUAUGAUGGAUUCUAGCUCCGAACAGACGCUUCAAAGUUACGGAAACUAUAAAUCGAAUCAUAUGGGACAGGCGAACAUCAGUAUGGACAUAUCACUGGAUCUUUACAGUCAGCCGUCGCAGUUCAUGUUCGGUGGUAGGUUAGAACUGAACCAGCAAACUGCACCACAAACCCCGCAAACACCAUCUAGUAUUCCGGAUAUUGUUCUGCAAGAUUUUUCCUGCACACCGGAAGAGCUUGCGCGACAUAAUUCCCAUGAUCUUAGUUCAGCCAUGGGGUCUUCUUUUGAUGGCGUCGAUUUCUACCCCACCGACGAUGCCCUUAGAGAUGGACUCGACCCGAUUGACUUCGACGGUUUGCAGAUACUGACAAACUCUACUUUGGUAACGGAUCCGUCGACCGAAGACCAUUUCAGACUGGACCGCAUGUGAAGGUGUACUCAUUCGAUUUUUAUUCACCAUCACUCUCCUUUUCGGCAAUUUCUCACGCUCUCUUUCCCCUUCUUGACUAACAAUCCAUGGUUUUUCAAGUCUACAUGUAAGCCCACAAAUCACCGUUAUGAUCUCAGCGUUGUCUUGCAUUUACUAAAGUGGAAAACAAAAACGUCUUUGAGAUGGAAUGACAGAGCAGAGAUUCAUAGCUGAUUUUUGUUAGUUAUCCAAAUAUCCUUCUUAUCCCUAUUUUGUCAUUUCCGCUCUUUGAUAUUAAGACGGGGAUUUUCUGCUCACCUUCCGUAAAUUUAGGUUGAAUUUAAGUCAAUAGCAACUCGCUCUUCACUUACAAUUUCCCAAAUCACAUUAAAUAUUCCUCAUAAUUCAUAAGUGAAACGUUAUCUAUUUCUUAAGUAGAGACGGUUCAGAUUGAUGACGUAACUUGGAGCCACGCACAAUAGUUUUAUAGACCUUUUUAACCGAUUAUUACUAAGGAGAAUUCGCAGCUGAUUCGGCGCGUAAAUGAUUUUCUCUCACAUGACAACCAGUUACUAGGUUAACAUAUUUCUAAACAAUAGCUUUAACAAAAACAUAGUUUAAAAAAAAACCCAGUUUCUGUUUUUGUUUCAGAUUUAUUUUUUUAUUUUUCCUCUAAAACUUGUUGAGAUUUUAUCUGAAUUUUAAUUGGCGGUCAAAGCGGAUGAAUCAUUGUAUCAUAUUCUUCGGUUGUAAUUCGUGCAUUUUUGGGGGAAACUGGAAGCCAGGUCACUAGGUGUUUGUGCCAUUUUCAUUUAAUUAGCCUAGGCCCCUGGGGCCUCACGCAUCGUUACUGCACCUUUCUUUGUCAAAGUAUCGUACCAAAAUUUCAUUGGUAUUGAUUGUUCCAGCUGAGUGUUACUUACGCCUAAUCUCUCCUUGACUUCUCCCUACCCGUUUAUACCCAGAUAAUUCUCAAUUAUUCGUUUAACUUUGUUCUUCCUUACAAGAUCGACAUGUUGCGCAUUGUUAUCACAUCACUGUCAUAAUCAUUAUGGUUAUACUAAUAUUCAGGUGGUGUAGUUUGACAAGCAA